GUUAAUGAAAACUUUACACAAGAUGAUAGAAGUAAAGUGAAUUCCUAAAGUGAUUUUUACAAAAAUGGAAUCUGACAGCCAGGAAGAGCCCUAGACUGUCAGACUGUGGGCUUAGUGCCUUGGUUAGUCGGACGGGUGGCCUUCGGGGAUUCUGGAGGAGGGUCCUGCCUCCUGAAUGAACUUGACCUGUUUCUCUCCCGACAGAAGUCAGCUCAGGGCACCACCAGCACGGGAAAAUGCAAGCCCACGAGUUGUUCCGGUAUUUUCGGAUGCCAGAGCUGGCUGACUUCCGACAGUACAUUCGUACCCUUCCAACCAACACGCUCAUGGGCUUCGGCGCGUUCGCAGCACUCACCACUUUCUGGUACGCCACGAGGCCCAAGGCCCUGAAGCCACCAUGUGACCUCUCCAUGCAGUCGGUGGAGGUGGCGGGCAGUGAUGGCGCUCGGAGAUCCACGCUACUUGACAGUGACGAGCCCUUGGAGUAUUUCUACGAUGAUGUCAGAACCUUAUAUGAAGGUUUCCAGAGAGGCAUCCAGGUGUCAAAUAAUGGCCCUUGCUUGGGCUCUCGGAAACCAGACCAGCCCUACGAAUGGCUUUCCUACAAGCAGGUUGAGGAAAUGUCGGAGUGUGUGGGCUCGGCGCUGCUCCAGAAGGGCUUCAAGGCUUCCCCCGACCAGUUCAUCGGCAUCUUUGCUCAGAACAGACCUGAGUGGGUGAUCAUUGAACAGGGAUGCUUCGCUUACUCGAUGGUGAUCGUUCCCCUCUACGACACCCUUGGAGCCGAAGCAAUCACUUACAUAGUCAACAAUGCUGAACUCUCCCUGGUUUUUGUUGACAAGCCAGAGAAGGCCAACUUGCUAUUAGAUGGUGUAGAAAAUAAGUUGACACCAGUCCUUAAAAUGGUAGUUCUCAUGGACUCCUAUGGCAGCGAUCUGGUGGAACGAGGCAAGAAAUGUGGGGUGGAAAUCCUCAGCAUGAAGGCCAUGGAGGACCUGGGAAGAGCCAACAGAAAGAAGCCCAAGCCUCCAGCACCUGAAGAUCUUGCAGUAAUUUGCUUCACAAGUGGAACUACAGGCAACCCCAAAGGAGCAUUGAUCACUCAUCGAAAUGUAGUGAGCGACUCCUCAGCUUUUGUGAAAGUGACAGAGAACAUUGUCAGUCCCUCCCCAGAUGAUACUCUCAUCUCUUUCUUGCCUCUUGCCCAUAUGUUUGAAAGAGUUGUUGAGAAGGCACUAACCCUGAAUGCCAGUGACACACACAUUUCGUUUUUACCACUUACACACAUGUAUGAGCAGCUCAUGCUGUGUGUGAUGCUGUGUCACGGAGCGAAAAUAGGAUUUUUCCAAGGAGAUAUCAGGCUGCUUAUGGACGACCUCAAGGUGCUCCAGCCCACUAUUUUUCCUGUGGUCCCGAGACUGCUGAACCGAAUGUUUGACAGAAUUUUUGGGCAGGCGAACACCACAGUGAAGCGGUGGCUACUAGACUUCGCCUCCAAGAGGAAAGAAGCGGAGCUUCGCAGUGGCAUCAUCAGAAACAACAGCCUGUGGGAUAAGCUGAUCUUCCACAAAAUACAGUCGAGCCUGGGAGGGAAGGUCAGGCUGAUGGUCACGGGAGCCGCGCCUGUGUCCGCCACCGUCCUGACGUUCCUGCGCGCCGCACUUGGCUGUCAGUUCUAUGAAGGCUAUGGACAGACCGAGUGCACGGCCGGCUGCUCCCUGACCAUACCUGGCGACUGGACAGCAGGCCACGUUGGUGCCCCAAUGCCUUGCAAUUGGAUAAAACUCGUUGAUGUGGAAGAAAUGAACUACCUGGCUGCCAAGGGCGAGGGUGAGGUGUGUGUGAAAGGGCCAAAUGUAUUCCAAGGCUACUUGAAGGACCCGGCGAAAACAGCGGAAGCUCUGGACAGAGAUGGCUGGCUACACACAGGGGACAUUGGGAAGUGGUUACCAAAUGGUGCCUUGAAGAUUAUCGACAGGAAAAAGCAUAUAUUUAAACUGGCACAAGGAGAAUACAUAGCACCUGAAAAGAUCGAAAACGUCUACCUGCGGAGUGAACCUAUUGCUCAGGUGUUUGUCCACGGAGAGAGCUUGCAGGCGUUUCUCGUAGCGAUUGUGGUCCCCGACGUUGAGACGUUAGCUCGCUGGGCCCGGAAGAGAGGAGUGGAAGGGUCCUUCGAAGAGCUGUGCCGAAGCAAGGAUGUCAAAAAGGCUAUCCUGGAAGACAUGGUGAAGCUUGGGAAGGAGGCUGGCCUGAAAGCAUUCGAACAGGUCAAGGGCAUUGCUCUGCACCCUGAACUAUUCUCCAUUGAAAACGGCCUUUUGACCCCGACAAUGAAGGCUAAGAGGCCAGAACUUCGGAACUACUUCAGGUCACAGAUAGAUGAACUGUAUUCCACCAUCAAAGUCUAAAGGGAGGAGCAGAGCUCAGAGGAAACCACACGCCUCCGCGAUCUUCUUCUUCUGGUGGCCUUCACUUGGAGGUUUUGACUACAGCGAGCAUAGGGAAGGGCAUGUCCGUGUUUGACUUGUGCGUUCGGGUUCUUGUCAUAGGAAUUUUAGAGGAAAUGGGACUCUGCCUUACAGUCACCUCGCGUGGCAGACCAUGUAUAUAUGUAGUGAUACACAAUUUCCAAAAUGAGCCUUAAAAUUGUAAAGGGAAACUAUAAAUGUGCUAAGUUAUUCUCGACCCCCUUAGUUGAGAAGGCGGGUGUGAAACUGCUGUCUCCCUGUUCUUCUAACCAAGGGAUAGGACUUUGCUAUUUCUGAGAUGUCUGCUGCUUGCUGCAAAUCCCGCAGCUGUCCACUGCUCGGCAGAGUGCAGUGCGCUGGAAGGAAGCUGUCCCUUACAGACAACUGUCCCAGCUGGAGAAUGUCACAAGUGGACCAGAGAUUUUUUUUUUUAUCCCUGUCACCCCCUCCCCCACCUCACACGCACUCUCACGCCCCUUCUGACGAAGGUUAUGAAACACCUGCUCCUCCCCACAGCCCCCCAUUGUUCCUGCUGGAGCAGAAGCUCCCCGUGAAGUGAAGGACAGGCUGACUCAGAACAGUGUAGACACUGAGUCUCAGCAGGCGGCCCCCCGCUGGAGCGAAUGGGUUCUGGCGCCCACGGAGCAGAAUAUUCUGGAGCCACCUCUCCAGGCCUGACGCCUCCCUCCAUCCCGAGGGGACAUGAAAAAAAUCUGCCUUAGACUCUGCAGUGAAGACAAGCAUUUCAAGAGAGAAUCACCUAGGAAGACCACGCUCAACUGUGACACCCACGUAACUGUCUGCUUUGUCUUCACUGAACCGUCCCUCUGUCUGCGAUGGCCAACGGGUUUUUAGUGUGGUUUUCAUAUCAGGUCCAUGUUGUGACUAACUGGCUUUCCCCCAGAGUAGACUCAAGCAAGGCGUGUCAUCAAAGCGCCGAGGGAGUCCACAGCUGGGCGCUCGUCGAAGCGGACAGUAACGAACACACGUUCCCCAUCACCAUGCUACCGGAUUUCUACAAACUGUUUCUGAAGCCAAAAUUCUAGGGUGUAGAAAUCUGGAACACUCACUCACAUCCUGGGAGGAACUUCCCCAGGGAUGUUUUUUAAUUUGGAAAA